GGAAAACUGAAAGGGCUCAACAUAAAUCUCUGUCAAUGUUUAAAAUUAGCUGUUAGAAAGGCAUUUCAAUUAGGCAAUUGAUUAGGUUAGAAAUUUAAUUCGUACAUAGCUGAAGUGGCCGCAAUAUGGCCAGCAUCUUGUGCCGCGAGAAGGAGCUCUGCAAAAUGAAUCAGGAACUGAAUCUGCUGGCGCUGCAGCCGGCCGAGGAGGACAAUCGCUUUGGCACCUAUCACAAGCAAAAAGGCCCCAGCACGCUGCUAAAGAAAAGCAAACAAACGAGUGCCAGUCCAAAGGUGAGACCACUCAGAUCCUCGGCCACUACGCCCACGCCACAGACGCCGCCAACGCCCACGCUGCUGAGCAAGGCAAAGGUGCCGGAUUGGCGUCUGGGCAACGACUGGAAGCAGGGCAAGGCGGCGCACAGCAAGCAGAAGAGCAGCACAUUUACCCGCGGCGUUAGUCACAAGACAGCGACGGCGACAUACGUCAAGUAUCAUAAUCCAAAUUUUACGCAAAGUCCAUCGCUGGAUUUGCUGCUGCGCAAUGAGGAAACAACAACGACCACAACAAUGCAAGCGGUUGAAGUUGCAUUGCCGGCGCAGACACGUGAGAGCACCACUGUGGUCAGUGGUCAAUCCAAAAAGCAGCUCACACAGGAUAAUUUUAUAAGAUUUCUAAAGGCUAAGGUGGGCAUACUAGAGGAGGAUCAUCAGCAGCUAAGCGUUGAGAUGAGCCAGCAGAAGGAGCGGCUGGAGGAGACCAUCGAUGCGCUGCACAAGGCGGAAACACGUCGCGAUCAGGCGCUCAGCUCCAAUGCUAAGUUGUCUGAGCAGCUGCAGCGUCUGGAGCAACAGGCGGAGGAGCUGUUGUGCCAACAGAAGCAGCGACAGCAAGAGCAGAGCGGCCAACAGCGCGAAGUGGAGCUGCUGCGUCGCGAAAACAAACUGCUGAAGCAAACCAAUAACAAUCUGGAGAAUCGCGUUGCACGCGCACAAGACGAAACGGAGUCAGUGCGUCAAACGCUGAGUCAACAGCAGGAGGCGCUGCGUGAGCAGCAAACGGCGCAGCACAAGGAACUCAAAGUGCGCGAUCAACGCAUUAAAGCGCUGAAAAGACAACGCGCCGAUUUAUUAAAUGCCUACAAAAAGCAGCUCUAUAUGAUAGACAAUCUGAAGCGUCAAACGGGCUGCAUGGAACAGGCCGUGGCCAUAGGCUUUGGCGAGAAGGAGUUCAACAAGGUGCUCGAGUGGCAUACGCCCAGCAAAAAUGGCAAAUUGUAAAGCCAAAGACCAAAUUAAUAUUGCUGUCUUUUUCUUUUAAUAUGCGCUUGUAAUAUAGUCUAUUAAAUUUUUUAUAUUAGAACGAA